CAGCUGUCCUCCGGCUCCUGCGGCGCAGGUGAUUCCAGGCCGGGUUUUGCGGCGGAAUCCACUAACAUCAGUUCUUCUGUCGCUUUCGGCAGCCCUCGGCGGUGGGAGAUCAUGGUGCUGAACGAGCUAUGGGCUGCGCUCUCCGGAGCCUCCGGGGCUGCCUUGGCCUGCUGCUUCGUGGCGGCGGCCGUGGCCCUGCGCUGGUCCGGUCGCCGGACGGCACGGGGUGCGGUGGCCCGGGCGCGACAGAAACAGCAAGCGGCCCUGGAAAAAAUGGACAAAGCAGCGCAGCGCUUCCGGCUCCAGAACCCUGACCUGGACUCAGAAGCGCUGCUGGACCUGACCCUGCCUCAACUGGUGAAGAAGUUACACAAUGGGGAGCUGUCCCCACAGGCUGUGCUCUUCACCUAUUUGGGAAAGGCCUUGGAAGUGAACAAAGGGACCAACUGUGUGACCACCUACCUGGCAGACUGUGAGACUCAGCUGUCCCAGGCCCCAAGGAAGGGCCUGCUGUAUGGUGUCCCUGUGAGCCUUAAGGAGUGCUUCAGCUACAAGGGCCAGGACUCGACCUUGGGCUUGAGCGUGAAUGAGGGGCUGCCAGCGGAGUGCGAUAGCGUGGUGGUACAGGUGCUGAAGCUGCAGGGCGCUGUGCCCUUCGUGCAUACUAACGUCCCCCAGUCCAUGCUCAGCUAUGACUGCAGUAACCCCCUCUUUGGCCAGACCACGAACCCGUGGAACUCCUCCAAGAGCCCAGGUGGCUCCUCAGGGGGUGAAGGGGCCCUCAUUGGAGCUGGUGGCUCCCUCCUGGGCUUAGGCACUGACAUCGGAGGCAGCCUCCGCUUUCCCUCCUCCUUCUGUGGCGUCUGUGGUCUCAAGCCCACCGCGAACCGCCUCAGCAAGAUUGGCCUGAAGAGCUGUAUCUAUGGACAAGUGGCAGUACAGGUCUCAGUCGGCCCCAUGGCCCGGGACGUGGAGAGCCUGGCACUGUGCCUGCGAGCACUGCUGUGUGAGGACAUGUUCCGCUUGGACCCCACCGUGCCCCCACUGCCGUUCAAGGAGGAGGUCUAUACAAGCUCUCGGCCUCUGCGUGUGGGGUAUUAUGAGACAGACAACUAUACCAUGCCCACCCCAGCCAUGAAGCGGGCCCUGCUGGAGACCAAGCAGAGACUUGAGGCUGCUGGCCACACGCUGAUUCCCUUCUUGCCAAACAACAUACCUUACGCUCUGGAGAUCCUGUCGAUGGGUGGGAUGUUCAGUGAUGGCGGCAGCAGCUUCCUACAGAACUUCAAAGGUGAUUUCGUGGACCCCUGCUUGAGAGACCUGAUACUGGUUCUGAAGCUGCCUAGGUGGCUUAAAGGACUGGUGGCUUUCCUGCUGAAUCCUCUGUUCCCAAGGUUGGCAGCCUUUCUCAGAGGCAUGAAGUCUCGGUCUACUGGAAAGCUCUGGAAACUGCAGCACGAGAUUGAGAUGUACCGCAACUCCGUGAUUGCCCAGUGGAGAGCACUGGACUUGGAUGUGCUGCUCACCCCCAUGCUGGGCCCUGCUAUGGACCUGAAUGGCCCAGGCAAGGCCUCAGGGGCUGUCAGCUACACUAUGCUCUACAACUGCCUGGACUUCCCAGCGGGGGUGGUACCUGUCACCACAGUGACCACUGAGGAUGAGGCCCAGAUGGAACAUUACAGAGGCUACUUUGGAGAUAUCUGGGACAAGAUGCUGUGGAAGGCCAUGAAGAAGAGCGUGGGGCUGCCUGUGGCCGUGCAGUGCGUGGCUCUGCCCUGGCAAGAAGAGUUGUGUCUGAGGUUCAUGCGGGAGGUCGAGCAACUGAGGACCCCUGAAAAACGGCCGUUCUGACUGCUGCCCACCCAGCUGCCCAGCUGACUCUGGAGGACCCACUCGAUCUGCACCCAGACUGGCCAGGGCACAGCUGCCACCCUGCGAGGAAGUGUUCACCUAGGGGCAGGGGCUUCCUUCUCCUCACCUCUCUAAGAAGCCAAGACCCCCUAAGUCUGGACCUUGCUCCCCCGUCUGGUCCCCAAUCUCUGCCCUGACCCCUCCCCAUGUGGCAGCCAGUGGGUAUGACAUGGGCAAAGGCCCACGAACAGUCAAAAAUGGUUUCUAUCCUGUGUACUUCCUGGCUGUCAUUGUUAGGGCACAGAGUUGGAGACUUGACCUUCUAGAGCCUGCCUCCAGCCAUGACAGGGGCCUGCCCCCAAACCGCCUCUGGUUCCCAUCACAUGCAGGUUGGACACAGGCCUCUCAGAGUGGGCGUUGUAGACUGAGCACUUUACCCUUUCCCUCCCCGCACCCCUGCCUUAGGCUGAGUUCUACUUUGCUAGAGACAGUGUCCCUUUGCUUCUUCCUUUUUUUGCUGCUUCCUUCUGCUGAGGAUGCCCUUCCUGCUUGUCUACCUUUAAAUAUUUUGAGGCCUGCCCAGAUCCCUCUUUCUCCAGAAGGCUUUCCCUCCUUCCUCUGAACCUCAGAGUAGGUGGCCAGUUUCCCUCAGUUUGCCCCAUGAGUUGGACAUCUGUGUGUGCAUGGGGGUGGAGGAGGGGCUGCCUCUCUUAGCACACUGGCUGUCUUGAUGGCAGGGACCCUACUGUGCAUCUUAGUCCUUAGUGGCCAGCACAGGGCUGGGUACAAAAUAGCAAGGAGUCUGGAGUGCUGACCCUGAGUUGGUGCUUUUGGGGAGAGGAAUCCACAGGCCUGGGAAGGUGAGCACCAGACAAGGCAAUCUGGUAGAGUGCUCACAGGGCUGGCCAAGGACUAUAUCGGUUUGAGAAGGCUUCCUGAAUGAGGAGGAUCUCUGAUGAGUCUAGAAAGGUCCCAGAGGCUGAGAUAAGGAAUGAGGACAUCCCAGAGAGAAGGAAUAACAGUAUGCCCAACGACCAGGAUAAGUUGGGUAGAGGAAGGCAUGUUAAAUGGGCACAGGAGAAGCAGCAAAGAUGUAUGUGGGGCCAGAUCAAGGUGGACUUGUGGGGCCAGUUCAGGAAUUUGAAUCCUGUCUCAAGGGCAAUGGGGAGCUUUUAAAUAACCACACAAGUGCAGCGAGGGAGAGUAGACUGGAUGGAUGGAGGCUGGUCAGGGAAAAGGGGGUUGUUCCAUUAUCCUAAUCUGGGGAAGCGGCCCUGAGGCCUGAGCUAGGAAUGUGAUCCAGGGGCAGAGAGAUCGAGGUGGUUUGGGAAGUGGCAGUUGAGAUGCACGUGAGCUGUCUCAGCUCAGUCUACCAGGUUACCUUUCACUGCACUGCAUUAUCUGGCAGGUGGAAGGCUGUCUCGCUGGUGACAGAGACUUCUUGGCCCUACCAGCAGAGCCAAGCCUUUGUCCCAGCCCUAAAUACCCUGCUUGCUGUAGUAGGUGUUUCUGAGCCUGAGCUCUCUGGCACGGUGGGUCCGAGGUUCCUACCUGGCCAACCCAAAUUCUUUUCAGGGCUAGCUGCCUGACUUCUCAAAUGUCCUGAUUUUUCUGCUCCUCCAGAGGGGUUUUCCCUCCAGGUUGCAGAACCAGUGGGGCUGACAUUCUCUGCCAAAGACUUCCCUGCGUUGGUGGCACCAGUCUCAGAGCAGGCAUGAAGUUCCACAUCCCGGGGCUGACUGGAGGGCCUAACCCAUGUGAACACCUAGGUGGGGAUGACCCAAUAGUUGCUGUGCUUUGCCCUGGUUCCUUGUAAUUGCUGUGUAAUUUUGCCUCAUUUAGUGCCAGGAAACUAUCUGCAAUCUGCCCAGUUUUUUCUUUUGGUUGCUGAUACCCUUCUGCUUUCAGAUGCGAGGCUGCAUUGGGGGCUCCUCUCUUUCAUUCCUUCACUGGUCCAUUGAUUGACCUGUGGAGCCUCUCCAUGAUCACACCCGCCCUGCGCCUAGAGGUGCUGGAGCUCAGCCAGGACUAGCUCCCAUCCUUGGGUUUCUGGGCUUGUGACGGGGGUGGACAUUGACACAAAUAUGUAUGUUUCCCAGGUGAUCAAGACUGUGGGAAAGGGUGUUAAGGAGGUCAAAAGCUGCUGAAAGACAGGGGAGGUGGUCAUUGUGCAAGUACCAUUUCCACUGCUCCUCUCUGAUCCAAGUCACCUGCCUCUCCUAGACUCUACAAUAACCUAAUUUGGCUCCCUACGUCCAUCAUCACCUGUCUCCCAACCUAUUUUUCAUAUAGUAGCCUGAGUAAUCACUUAGAAGUGUGUAUGAGAUUAAGUCACUUCUCUCCUCAAAAUCUUCCACUGGCGUCUCAUCCUACCAAGAAUAAAAUCCUGUGUCCUACA